AUGGUUAUAUCUCCUACCACCCGUGCUCUUUUCUUCGAUGUUUUCGGCACCUGCGUUGACUGGCGAAGUACCGUCGUAGGCGAGCUUGAAGCCCAGGCUCAUUUUGCGCUCAAUUUAGCUACAGUAUCUUCCCAAGUCAGGUUCACCGCUUCUGAUAUGACCACCCAAGAUUGGAACAAGUUUGCUCAACAGUGGCGCGAUGGGUACAAGGCAUUCACUCGGAAACUUGCCAGCGAUUCUUCUAUCCCUUGGAAGACGGUCGACGAGCAUUACCUUGAGACUUUGAGGGAACUCGUUGUCCAGUGGCACAUUGAGGGGCUAUGGAAUGAUGAGCAGCUGUGUGCCAUUAGUCUGAUCUGGCACAGGCUAGAUCCCUGGACAGACUCUGCUAUAGGUGUUUCUAUGCUGAACAAACUCUUCUACACGUGCACUCUCUCUAAUGGUAACCUCAGUCUACUUGAAGACUUGCGCACCCAUACUGCUAUACCUUUUACUCAUUUAUUUUCUGCCGAGCUCUUUGGUACCUACAAACCCUCACCGCGCGUAUAUCUAGGGGCUGCGGAUAAGCUACAGCUUCCACCUACUCAGUGUGCCAUGGUAGCCGCUCAUCUCAAUGAUUUGCGGGGUGCAAAAAACAAUGGUAUGCAGACCAUCUACGUUGAACGUCCUGGUGAAGAGGAGUGGGAUAGUGAGCAGAUAGAGAAGGCGCUUCUUGAGGGAUGGGUGGAUCUUUGGAUAGGCUCCAAUGAGAGCCAGGGGAGUUUCGUUACGGUGGCAGAGAGGCUCGGUAUUGAAUUGAGCUCUUACGAUGAAGCCAGGAGAUUCAGCGCAUCUACAAUUGCAACAAGCCUGUGA